AUGCAAAUUCGUCCCGAAAUACCAGAAAAUAGUAGUAACUCGAUCAAUUCUCCAGUUUCGCCUGGACCAACUGUUGCUUCGAAUGUGUCAAAUGAUGGUUCCUCAAUAGCAGCCAGUUCUUCGUCUUCGUCUAAUCAAUAUAAUGACUCGUCUACUUCUUCCCAAACAACAUAUGAUCAUAAUGUUGAUAGUACUACUAAUGAAGAUUUGAUUGAUUUUGACGCAUUUGAUUACUCCGUUGAAACAAAUAAUCAACCGACAUCCUCUGCCGAAGAAAAUACCGUUUCAGGAAACCUUAACAACGAUAUGGAUACAAGCUUCUUCGAUAAUAGCAAGACAACAUUUGGCAAUUCGAAAUCCGAAGGUUCGGAUGAAUUGUCUGAUCCCCUUAUCAAAAAAAGUGCUGCUUCUAAAAACCUUAGUUUUGAGAAAAAUGAAACAAAUUUUGGUCAUGAAAACAAUACAAAUUCGUCCACAUCAAGAAUUCCUGAUACAGAAAGUUUGGUAAUCGUGACCAAGCCCAUUAAAUCAUCCACCAAUAAUAAGUCUAAAACUAGAACAUCAGAUGAUGUGGUAUCAGAUGAUCAUAAAAAAAUCAGCGAAAAAAUUUUAGAAAUAUUUUCAAAACGUAAAGAUUUAUAUACUAGUUCGAAUAAGGAUAUUAAAAAGGGACAAGAUCUUUUGGAUUAUAUUCCGGGUUUGUAUCUAUUGUUAGAUCUAAAAAAAGACGAAGGAUCAAAUGGUCUUGAAAAGCUUUGUAACGAAUUGGUUCCCAAAAGUUUUAAGUCUGUUUCAAACAUUAAUUAUAAAAAACUGAAUAAAGUCUCAUUCAAUCUUGUUGGCUGCUAUGGGAACUAUGAAUUGAUUGCAAAGCUACUAUUAAUUAAAAAAAUUAUUAACCAAAAAGUGUGUGAUUUGCUUGUAUCUUCAAAUAAAACUGGGAGUCCUUCUCUUUGUUCAGGAAUCUACUUGUUGAUUGUGAAUGUUAAUCUUGGUUUAGUAAUUCAUUGGCCUGAGUCUGGUUGUUAUGAAGAGAAUGCAUCUGAUCAAAUUAAAAAAAAUAUGGUUAAUUUCCACAGGUAUCUCACAAAGCUGACCGAUCAUCAGAUAUGUUUAAUGAGCAGCAGUGAUUUAAAAUGUUUUGAAUGGGAAUUAAGAAAUGAUGGAGAUGAUGAUGGCAAUUAUAUCAAAGAAAGUCAAGAAGAAAAAGAGAACUUCCAGUUACGUGAAGGCUUUAAG